UUCUGUGACGUCACUGCCGUGCGCCCAAACGCGCCGGCGGGCGGCAGAUUCAAACCGAGGGCGCCGGGAUCUGGGGAGCGAGGUCGUGGUCGUGUCGUCCUGGGGGAGGUUUUUCUCCUAAGUUCCUCUGCCGGGGGAGCCGUGCAGCGACCGCGGGGUUGAGGAGCCCGGACGGCGGCGAGUGCCGCGGGCCCGCCGCGAAGAUGGCGGUCUCCACCACCAUCUCGAAGCGGAUCAAGCGCAGGGCGCCCCGAGCCUUCCUCAGGCGCACCUUCAAGCAGAAGAAGCCGCACCUUCGUCUGGAGACGGACUGCGACCUCCUGAUUCAUUUGAAUUGCUUACUCUUUGUUCAUCGAUUGGCAGAAGAGUCCAGGAUAAAUGCUUGUGAAAGUAAAUCUAGAGUUAUCACAAAUGAUCAUAUACUGGCUGCAGCAAAGGUAAUUCUGAAGAAGAGCAGAGGUUAGAAGUCAACACUUGUUUAAGAAUUAUAUGAUGUGUUAAUUUAAGUGGCAACAGAUCAUUAAGACAUUUUGUAUACAUUAGUUUAUAUGGUGGAUUAUUAAAACAUUGACUGUAUGAACAAUGUGUGCAUUUUAAUUUUUUUAGGAAUUAUGUUUUAUUCAUUGUAAAUGGCUUCUUAAUUUUCUUCUGUGUCUGCUAUUGUGCUUAGUAUAUCCAAAAUGAAAUCAUACUGUAUUAAAUAGAUUGAAGAGAUAUCUCCUUAAACUUAAGCUUAUGUCUUUAGAUUUAGCCAGAAUUAUUCAGUGAGUUUAAUUUCUGAGAGAAAGCAGUACACAUUAAAAUCUAGAUACAUUUUAAGUAUGUUAAUUUUUGAUGCAUUUACAAAGCAUUUCUGUCUAAUUUUGUGUUUCACUAAUAGUAACAGUAAAUUUUCUCAACUAGAAGAUUGUAAGCACUAGCCAAAGUUUUUACAAACCUCUUCUAUAAACCACAAACAAGAAGUUCUAAAGCAAGCUGACCUACUUUCUUCAAAUCAUGGACUUUAGUAGAUAAGACAUUUCCCCACAGCAGUCACUUAGAAGCUUAUUGUUUAUUAUUCAAUAUUUACUUGUAAAUUUUUAUUCUGAGAUAAUUACAGAUUGUGUACGAAGUUGCAAAGCUAAUAUAAACAUAUACUCUACACUAGACACCCAGUUUCUGCAGUGGUUACAUCUAACAUAUAAUGUAAUAUAGCAAAAACAGGAAUUUGGUAAUUGGUAUAUAUGUAGUUCCAUGUUAUUUUAUCAUGUGUACAGAUUCAUGUAAUUGCUACAGCCAGUAUAUAGAACUACUUCAGUACCACAGAGGUCUUCUUGAUCUAGUUACCAUGUCCUAUACUGGACUACCAUCCCUAACCAACUAUUCUCAGCUUUAUAGUUUUGUCACCAAGAAUGUUAUAUAAGUAGAAGCAUGUAAGAAAUAACCUUUGGAGGGUUUUUUUUUUUUUUUAACCCCACUCAGUGUACUAUCCUUAUGAUCUAUUCAAGUCAUAGUAUGUUGUAUGUGUUUACUACUGAAUGGUCUGGAUGCCCCAUACUUUGUAUAGUUGUUUGCUUAUUGAAGCACAUUUUGAUAUGUCUAAUUUGGGGAUUACUAUAAAUAAAAUUUCUUUGAAUAGUUGUAAACAUUU